GCAAAGUACACUUCACAUUCACAAUAUUACUAGUUAGUUUAGAUGGACUAUACACUAGGCAUAGAAAACGACACGUCGAAAGCACAUAAAACGACAAUAGUUUUGUCAAAACCUUUGCUUAAACCCUCCAAAUUGCGUACACUGUAAACCCAGAGAGAGAUGUUUGGUAGAGGAGCAAUUGGUUCAAUCUUGAAGCGCAGCAAAGAAGCAUGUUUCAUUCAGAAACUCACAGCAGGAAGGAAAACGACGUCGUCGAUUCCUUUCUCUAAUCCUUCCAUUCAACAACACUCAUUCAACCCUUCUGUUUCCACCCAAUUUUUUCAUACUUUCCGAUCCCAUUUUACUCAUAAGGGUCAUCAUGUGCCAUUCAUUAGGAACUUUUCUAAGACGGUGUCUGCUGGGGCCAAACAUAAGGAGGGGUUGAAGCUGCUCGUGACAGGAGGUUCCCAGGCCCAGAAGGCGGUUGGAAUAUGGCUAUUUGGCUCUGCCGCAUGGGUGUUUAGCAUGGUUAUACUUGGGGGUUUAACGAGACUCACUAGAUCCGGUCUUUCAAUGACUGAUUGGAAAUUCACGGGUGAGUUCCCUCCUUUGACAGAUGAAGCGUGGUUGCAAGAGUUUGAAAAGUAUCAGCAGUCACCUGAAUACAAACGUGUUAACAAAGGGAUGAAGAUUGAAGAAUUCAAGUUCAUAUAUUGGAUGGAAUAUGGACACCGUAUGUGGGGGAGGGCACUGGGAAUUAUGUUUGCUUUACCGUAUUCAUAUUUUCUCCAUAAAGGGUAUAUUACAUUAAGAUUAGGACUGAGAGUCUCUGCUUUAUUUGGCCUCGGUGCCGCGCAGGGUCUCAUCGGCUGGUGGAUGGUUAAAAGUGGAUUAGAGGAACCGACAACUGAAUAUUCUCAGCCAAGAGUAAGCCCCUAUCGUCUUGCAGCUCACCUUACAUCAGCAUUUGCUAUUUACUGCGGACUCUUUUGGACAGCACUUUCUGUUGUUAUGCCUGAGCCACCUGCUGAAUCACUAACGUGGGUCCGUGGGGCAGCUAAAGUGAAGAGAUUUGCGUUGCCUGUCAGCCUACUCGUCGGUCUUACUGCUGUCUCUGGUGCAUUUGUUGCAGGAAAUGAUGCUGGGCAUGCAUUUAAUACUUUUCCGAAGAUGGGUGAUACAUGGAUCCCAGAAGACAUUCUUGAAAUGAAACCUCUGAUUCGAAAUUUCUUUGAGAAUACAUCGACUGUACAGCUCAAUCACCGGAUCCUUGCAACUGCCACCCUAAUUUCAGUGAGUGCCUUAUGGUUGUCAACAAGAAAACUGGACAUACAUCCUGCAGUACGGUCUGUGAUCGGAGGCGUCUUUGGCAUGGCAUCUCUUCAGGUCACCUUGGGAAUUUCGACCCUUCUUUCAUAUGUACCUGUUUCUUUGGGUACUGCGCAUCAAGCUGGAGCCUUAACGCUUCUGACGUUUAUGUUACUGCUUAAUCACACAGUCCGAAGGCCAUCCUCGACCCUUCUCAAAUCUCUGCCUGUAGUUGUCAAGGCAAACAAAUAUACAAGAGUUUAGACUAUUAUUAUUAUUUUCAGGCUAAGCAUUGUGUUGAGCUCCUUUUCUAAUUGUCCAUUGUCGGGAUCUUCUUUAAUUGGUUUGUACAUUUGAAGCCUGAAAAAAUCAUGAUGAUACAAUUCAUCUGUUAAUAAUAUCAUCUACAUUUAUGUAAUUGAUGCUGAAAAUUAGUGCAGCAAAUCAUUAUGUAAAGUAAUACUUUUUCACGGAA